GUGUAUAUUUAUGUUAGUGACAAAUAAAUUUCUUCAUAUGGAAUAGAAAUUUUAAAGCUUUUAACCGAAAUAAGAAAUUCUCCUCCUCUAGUAUAUGGGAAAUAAUUAAAAAUCAGAAUGCUAUGAUUCAUUUUAAAUAUGGAAGCUGCAUCAUGGAUGGAAUGAUAAUUACUAAUUAAUGUCGAAAAAUUAUUUUUAAUCAAAUUUAGUCGCUUAGUCAUUUGGUUAUAACGCCUCUUAUCUCCCCUUGGUUCUGUUACGUUUUCUCCCUAUAGAUGGCAGUAUACUAUUUCCCCCAUUACCUUCAUUUUACACUUUGUUACAUUGAUAUCGUUUUUCUUUAAAACUACUUUUCAUGAAAAGUGGGUAGAAAAAAAAACAUUAGAAUGUACGGCAGAAUAGUUUGCCUGCAUGUAACUUAUUUUAUAUCGUAUUUUUCCAACUAGCAUGAUGUUCUUUUCGUUAAAAGAAUUCUAGACGCAACUAUCAAGGGAAGUAAUUUUGUGGUUAAUCAUCAACAAUGGCCUCUAAUGAGCCAAGAGAGGGCUCGUCGUUUUCUAGUUCAUUGGAAGCCGAUUUAAGUGAACAAUGUACAACUAAAAACAACGAGCAGCUGGCUGUUUCCCAGAUGAAAAAGACAGGGGACAGUGGUUUGCAACCCAGGAAUAUACAAGUCCACAGUACAGCGUACAGUACAAGAGAAAUGAACAACACUGAACCAGAUUCUGUGAGAAAUAUGUGGUCUCAAGCUCAUAUGGCAUCUACUGCUUCUAGUUCUUUGAAUUCAGUUCCUGGGUGUCAAAUUCCACCUCCUUGGCCCGAAACCUUGGUAAUGAGCACAGCUGCUUCUGCUCCAUCUACUAAAAACUACAACAUGCCAACCCAGUCCUCAGCAAAUAACUAUCCUAAUGUUAAUCCAGUAAACUCUUAUUUAUUACCCAACAGUUCAAAUAGUUUACCAUUACCUAGUUGUGGAAACCUCAAAGGACCUACCUAUUCUGAUAGCAACCAAAAAGUUCCUACAAGUAAUCAAGUUCCAUUUUUCAGUCCAACAUCCAGCUCCAAAAAGAAUAAUUCUGUUAAAAUUCUCUCUGCUUCUAGUACUUAUAGUAAAACCGCUGCUGGUUUCCCCAGUUCAACAUUAGGUCAGAUAGGGUUUACUACAACUUCUGCUAGUUCUACAAGUUCAACAAACCCGCUAAUGAAUCCUUGUCCUUCAAAAUAUUCUGCUCAGAGUCUUGGAAAACCAUCUGGCCUAAUAACAUCAAGUAAUAUUGGCUCUGUUGCUCCGAACUUUUCAAAUUCUGGAACAGAACCCAUGAUUAUUUCAAAAAGUUUUUCAACUCCAGUAAAUUCGAUGCAGUUAUCUCAUAGUAAUGAUAGUCCGGUAGGAGUAACUUCAACGGAAAGUUAUCAGCAGUCCACACCAGAUAUUAACUCUAUGAACAUAACUCAGGUUUCAAAUAGUUCUGUGAGUGCUGGACAAAUGCCGAGUAGUUCAGUGAUUCAUAUGGUUGCUGGUUCCAAGAAAGCUGGCCAGAUGAGACCCAUUUCUGUUAGUCCAAGUCAUAUAUUAUCUAGUUCUGUAAGUUCUGGACAUUUGGAAUCCAGUUCAUUGAACCAGGGUCAUAUCUCAAGUAGUUCUGUUACUUCUGGCCAUUGUAUUGAAGGAUCGAUGAAUUUAGGUCAUAUGGUUAACCCAGUAAAUCCUAAUAAUGCUUUGUUGACACCCAGUCAUAUGCAAAAUAAUGCUCUGAAAACAGGCCAUGGCCAGAUGUUACCUAGUACAUUACAACAACAACAACAGCAGCAACACCAGAGUCAAAUUUCUAGUGGUCAAAUACAUCCUGCACAAGUACAGGGUGGUUCAUUGCACACAAAUCAAAUAUCUCCUGGUCCAAAACAUUCAGGUCAAAUGCCUGGUGUUCACACAAUGCAUACUAUUCACAUGAUAAAUACUCCUAUAAAUCAAGGGCCAGGCUCUGUGCAUCAGCCUCAAGUUCCUCCUGGAAUCAUACAUCCCAGCCAAAUCCCAGCAGGGCAUAUGCAGGGAAAGCCAAUGGAACAUAGUCAACGGUCAGGACUUAUGCAUCCUGACCAAAUGUCAAAUAGACCAAUGCUUUCCGCUCAAUUAUCAGAUAUACCCAUAAGCACUCCUCAGUCUACUAGUGGUUCUUUACAAACUGGCUUUGUAGCUAGUUAUAUGAAUUCUAACCAAAGUUCCGUUUCUAGUAGCUCCCUUCAGCCUACACAGGUUCCUAGUAGCUCUGUAUAUUCUCCACAAGGAUCAGUCAGUUCUAGUUACAAUAUACAAGAUUCUAUUUACUCAAUGCAAAGAUCUAACAAUUCCUCCUAUCCAGGACAAAUGUCAGGAGGCUCUGUUCAUCCUGCUCAGGUGUCAGGGGGCUCCAUACACCCGGCACGGGUGUCAGGUGCUUCUGCACACCCUGCACAGGUGUCAGGUGCUUCUGUACACCCUGCUCAGGUGUCAGGUGCUUCCACACACCUUGCACAGGUGUCAGGAAGUUCUGUACAGCCUGUUAUGGUGUCAGGUGCUUCCGCACACCCUGCAAAGGUAUUAGGUAGUCCUGUACGCCCAGCUAUGAUGCCAGGCAACUCCGCACACCUAGCACAGGUGUCAAGUAGCUCUGCACACCUGGCACAGGUGUCAGGCAGCUCUGCACACCCUGCACAGGUGUCAGGCAGUUCUACACACCCUGCACAGGUGUCAGGCGGCUCCACACUCCUUGGACAGGUGUCAGUCGGCUCCGCACAACCUGUACAGGUGUCAGGUAGUUCUCCAUACCCUGCACAGGUGUCAGGCAGCUCUGCACACCCUGCACAGGUGUCAAGUGGCUCUGUACACCUUGCACAGGUGUCAGGCAGUUCUGCACACCUUGUACAAAUGUUGGGUAAUACUACCCAGGUACUCGGCAAUUCUGUUAACUCUACACCAGUCGCUUGUAGCUCUGCCAGUUCUUUACAGAUGUCAGAUAAUGUAUCACAGCUUUCCCAAGUAUCAGGCAGUUCUGUGCAUCCAUCACAACUAUCAGACAAUGCUGUGCAUCUAUCACAAAUGGCUGCCAGCUCGGUGCAUUUACCACAAGGAUGUAGCAAUUCUACUUCGUCAGCACAGAUAUCUGAUAGUUCUCAUGUAACACACCUACCUAGUGGCUCUGUGGAUCCUCUGCUGGUUUCUGGUAGUUCUUCCCACAUUAUGCAGAAACCAGCUAGUUCUACUCACCUUUUACAACCCUCAAACACUUCUGCACAUGUGUCAUCGGUUUCACAUUUGAGCACAGUUGGGCCCCAACUGCAUGGGACUUCUGGAAAGCCACUAGCUGCAAAUUAUACACUCACUGCAUCAGUUUCAGUAAGUUCUGGUAAACAAAAUUUGAAUAAUCCUGUUGCUCCAGCAAGAACUGCCUCAGACCCCACUAAGUUACGGAGCCCCUAUGGGAAUGCUAACUUUAUGAAAUUGAACCAAGUGUCUAGUAGUAGUUCUGAAAGUCGGGGUCUGAAAACUAAUAAUUCGUUGUCACAUAGUCAAGGAACAACAAGCUCUUAUAAAGAUUCAACCAGUCUCAGCAAAACAGAACAGACUGUCGACAGUGUUACUAACACUGCUUUUAUUUCCAGUAACACUUCUCCGGUUGAAAGACCUGUUAGUAGUCUCCCCAAUAUAAGCCAGGUUAUUGAGGAGUCAUUGAAUGCUAACUUGAUUUCAGAUGCUUGCAGGAAAGAUAAUAAUUCAAAUUCGUGUAAAAAAGUCAAGCCAUCUACUGAGGUUUCUAACACUUCUCAAGCUUCAUCUAGUUCUCUCCCCAACCAAACAAUUGAAAAUGUUUCAAAAUUAAAUUAUAUUUCUGGGAAUGUAGUUAAAACUGACAAAAUGUAUGGCAGUUCUUUAAAACCUGAACAGUUACCAUCAAGUCUUGUCACAAAUGUACAGGCACCCAAUAACUCUCGAAAGACUAAUGAAAUGUCUGGAAAUUCCAAAACUGAUCAGAUGGUGGCUGGUUACAGUGGAUUUGGUCAAAUAUCUAAUACUGCUCUGAAGACUGGUGUAGUGGAAAGCACUUUACCUGGUAAUAUUGUAAAAACUUCAACAGCUGACAAUUCUAAGAAACCUGAAACUACACUAGGAAAUAAUGACAAUUCCAUGAACACUGCAUCUGUAAGUACCAAUUCUUCAAGAACUGGUCAGUUGUUUGGCAAUACUGGAAAGACAGAUUAUGUGACAGGAAGUUCUAUGAAAGUAGAGAAAAUGACUGGUGAUCCUUUAAAGACAGUAAGCCAGAGUAAAAUGGGCCAAGUGUGUAGUACAACUAACAGAUCUGUUAACCAACAUCCAGCUUCUAUGUUUUCUUCAAAUAAUGAUCAAGCAUCUGUUUCUUCAUCACGAAUUAGUCAGAAUCGAAGAUGUUCCAGCUCUUUUAAACAAGAUGAAGUUUCUGGCAAUUCCUUCCGGAAUGAGAAUUCUUUGACUAGUUCAACUGAAAAUUUUCUUGUUACUGCCAGUUCAGCUGUAAGUUGUCAGGUAUCAGCCAGUUCAGUAAGUGGUAGCCACACAAUUAGUGAAGCACAUACAGCAAGCUCAACUCAGAACAGCCAGGUUACUGCUAGUUCUAUUGAUCACGGUCAGGUGUCAGCUAGUUCUACUGAAAGCCAUCAGCUUUUAGAUAACAGCCAAGUUAGUGGCAGUGAUCAUGUUACAGCCAGUUCUAAUGAAAAAAAUCAAGUUUCUGCAAGUUCUUCUGCUAGUCUCGUGGGCAGCACUCAGGUUAGUUGUACAGACACUAACAGCAACCAUGCUAGUUCAUCAGCUACUUCAUCUGAAAAUUGCCAAGUCACUGCCAGUUGCACUGAAAACAUUCAGAAUGUUGUUAGCUCAAUGAGUGUGGACCAAGAAAGCAGCCAAGAUGUUGCUACAUCCUCAGCAAACAGUUUAUUGGAAGACGGUUUUGGAAAUUGUGAUGCAUCUGACAUUUCUGCUUCAACCACAACGUUUGGCAAUGAAAUUACUAAUAACCAAGGCAUAUCAAGUUCUACUGAAUUUGAAAAUCAGUUUGAUGUGCAGCACUUGUCAAGUAUUGAUGUUAAUUCUACUGAAAGUUCAGAAGCUACUUGCAGGUCAGUAAAGGACAUGGGACAGGCAUCAAGUUCUGGUCAGUCUGACUUGAGAAAAACAGAGAAAAAUCAAGCAACUUCUACAACUGCUAUUGCAUCAUCGGAUUUUUCUGAAAGAGCUAAACUAAUUAACUCUGGCUCUCCUUCAGAACCGACAUCUAGUUCUACCGAAAACUCUCAAAUUAGUUCCAAUAUAAAAGAUGAAUCAGCAGAACCUAGGGUUGAAACGGCAAUGGAAGUUUCAAGUGUCGAAGAAGCAGAUUCAGCAACUACUAGUGCUGAAACUACAAAACCUAAAGCAAAUGGGACCACAUCUUGUCCACCAGUUGUGACAACAACAGAGAAAAGUAGUUCAUCUAGCCGUAAAGAUCAUAGUGAGAUUGUGGAUCAUGACGACCAUGAACAUCAUGCCUUCCUUCCUGAUCAACUUUUUGAGUACCAAUGGCCAGAUAUGAGUAGUGAAUGGUACAUAUUGCAAGAACAAGUCAGCGAAUACUUGACUGUUAAAUCAUUUAAACGAAAAUAUCCAGAUCUGAAAAGACGGCCUGCAGAAAUGAAAGAAAAGGAAUUUUUGAGAGAACGUGGUGUAGUUACUGAAACCCAGUGUGAUCUUGGAUUAACCGCCCUAAGAUGUGAAGAAGUAUAUGAUUUGAUGUUGAGAGAUUAUCCUGAGAAAUAUCAGGAAUUCGCUUCAAUUCUCCAUGAACGAGAACGACAGUCUAUUAAUGAGAAGCACAAAGGUUAUGAAGUGCCUCCUAAGCUUGAAAAGAGCAAGAUGGCUGAUUAUGUAAGGAAGGCAAUGAGAUCAGCUUCAGAGUUUAAUAGCCAAUUUCAGCGAGAAAGGAGGGAGGAGAGAAGGGCAUAUUUUGACUUGCAAACUAUGGUUAUCCACUAUCCUGCUCACAAAUAUCCUAAACUGGAAACUACUUGUGCAAAAGUACCUGCUUAUCCUGUUAGCUUGAUCCCAGGGCAAUACCAAGAAUUCUACAAAAGAUAUGAACCAAAGGAACUUAAAUACUUUCCUCUCAACACGUGUAUUUAUGGGCCUCCCAAAAGGAUACUUAAUCCUUUAGUGAAACCUUCAAAUGUUGAUUCAUCUGAAGAAAUGGACGAUAACCAAGAUGAUCAAGCAGAUUCUGGUUCUGAUGGUGAGAGUAAUGACAAUGAUUCAAGUGAUUCGGAAGUUAGCCAGCCUCUACUUCCUCAACCAGCUCCUACUCCUUCUCCACGGAGAGGCCGGAAAAUUGCUGGAGACCACAAGGACCAUAAAGAGCGUUCUUUUUUUUCCAAAAAGCAAACAAACCAAAAGAAAGAUUGCCGCUUUUGCCAUAAGGGCCCCAUGAAAGGGCGUAACAGAAAGGAAGAGCUUGUCAGCUGUUCUGAAUGUGGGUCAACUGGUCACCCCGCUUGCUUGGAUUUGACCAAAGCAAUGGUGUCUAUUAUCAAGAAUUAUCCCUGGCAGUGCAUGGAGUGCAAGACAUGUGUUCAAUGUAUGGAUCCUUAUGAUGAGGAUAAAAUGAUGUUCUGUGACAGAUGUGACAGAGGCUAUCACACAUUUUGUGUGGGCCUUAAAGCAAUUCCAACAGGUCGGUGGGAAUGUACUAGUUGUAAAGAAACAGAGCCUGUAUUAUUAUCACCCAGAGACACCCCAUCAUCAACUGCAGCAUCACCUGCACACCUCUCAUCAAUUGUAGCACAGUCACCAUUACCAGUCAAAAUCAGAAAAGUUUACCGCAGACAGAAAAUUUGCUGACAAUGCUAACUGUAGGAAAUAAAGAUUAUAUCAGAUGUCAUUACUCACAGAUCAUCGUCGUACCUCCAUGGAUUGCUACUUUUCCUCAUGACUAUUCAUUAAAUUAAUUCUGACACUUGUACUGGAAAAAUUCAUUAUCACUAAAAAUUAAUAAAACAUACCACAUUA